AUACUGCGCACGAAUCAACGCGUCUGACGCAGUGUAUUCUUCAGCAUCGUGGGUACAGUUAUACAGUGUCAGUUGGUCCCAUUAAAUUUGCGUUUAAAACAUCUGAAAGCUAUAAAACUGCUCAGACAGUCAGCGAUUUAAUUUAUUGCCUGCAGGUUUUGAUUAUUUACGUUGAUACCAGUAAUCAACAGACAGCAAAUAUGAAGACAAAAUUCAUCAAUGGCGUGUCUUCUUCGCCUUCUAUGUCUCUGGUUUUAUUGGUAAAUGAGAAUGUCCUCGAAGUCCAGCCAGAGAGUGGGGACGAAUGCAAAGACAUUAUUCGACCGGAUGAGCCCGACCACCAGACGAAGCUGAAGGCGUAUCUGUGGUGUAAAGAAUUCCUUCACGGAGCCUGGAAAACCAUAGAUGAGUGUGAUUUCCAAAUCUCCAUCAUCAGGGGAGGUCUCAGCAACAAACUGUUCCUCUGCGCUUUGCCAGAGAAGCAACCAAGCCUGGGAGAUGAACCACGAAACGUUCUCCUUCGCCUAUAUGGACAAAUUCUGCAGAUGUCCUGUAAUAAAGGGGAUUGCAGACAAUCAAACACAGAAAAUCACUUUCAAGGAGCUGAUGCCAUGGUACUGGAGAGUGUGAUGUUUGCUAUCCUGGCCGAGAGGGAGCUUGGGCCCAAGCUCUAUGGCAUCUUUCCACAGGGAAGACUGGAACAGUUUGUCCCAAGUCGAAAACUGUCCACAGAUGAGCUGAGUGUCCCUGGUAUAUGUGCUGAGAUUGCUGAAAAGAUCGCCAGGUUUCAUGGAAUGAGAAUGCCCUUCAACAAGGAGCCAAAGUGGCUGUUUGGCACAAUGGACAAGUACAUGGAUCAAGUGCUCCAGCUCACCUUCACGAGGGAACACCAUCUGCGUAAUUUCUCCCGCCUUAUGAGCUUCAACUUGCCUCAAGAGAUGGACAGUCUCAAGUGUCUACUAGAAUCUACUCCCUCUCCUGUUGUUUUCUGCCACAAUGACUUGCAAGAAGGAAACAUCUUGCUCCUAAGUGGCCGUGAGAAAGCAGACAGACAGAAGCUCAUGCUGAUCGACUUUGAAUACAGCAGCUACAACUACAGAGGAUUUGACAUUGGAAAUUUCUUCUGUGAGUGGACUUAUGACUACACCAAUGACAAGUUUCCAUUUUUCACAGCCAGCACCAAAAAUUACCCCACCAAAGCACAGCAGAUGCUUUUCUUUCGGAGUUAUCUGUUGGAAUCUAAUGCUGGAUUUGAAAACUUGAGUGAAGAGGACCAACUGAAACUCAUAGAAGAUAUGCUAGUGGAGGUUAACAGGUUUGCUCUAGCCUCCCACUUCUUCUGGGGAUUGUGGUCCAUUAUCCAGGCCAAAAUAUCAACUAUUGAGUUUGGGUACAUGGAAUACGCCAUGACCAGGUUUGAUGCAUACUUUGAGCUGAAAAGGAAGCUCAAGGUUUAAAGGAAAAA